UGAAUCGUUGACCUUCCGUUCGAUGAACUCUUGCUUUUAUAGAAAGUGAAAAAAAAUCUUAACAGAAACACUUGGAAGAAAAGUAGGUUUUGGCCUUUUGGUAAUUGUUGGUUUGUACAGGUAACUUACAUGGUACAUGUACAUUGUUUCCUAUUUAUUUAAUUGAUUGUAACCUUCGAAUAUUUGAUUUUGAAAGUGAAUAUUCUAAUAUUUGAUAAUCAGUCAAAUACCCAAAAUAUUUAAAUAAUUGGCAAAGCUGUAGUCCUACAUGUAUGGGAUAUGCUUCAUGCAUAAUUAGACACAGGGAAAAUUGCACCAUGCCAUCGGUCACAGUCCCAUUGUGGCUUUCUUCAUUUUCGUUGAUUUUAUGUGUCACGUAUACAUAUCGGUAUACAGAAAUUAUCAGGUGUACAGGUACAUGUAGUUGACAUGUGUUUAUGUGUGGGAUAUAAGCAUGGAGUUAAUGUAAGACUGUGCACCCAGACAUACAUGUACAUGUACAUGAUGAUGUACAUUGUGUCUAUUCUGCACAAGACCCAACAAAAAGCAGUUGAUUCAAGGGCAAAAUAAACACAGACUAUCAGCCUUAUCUCCCAUCAGAGGGAGAUGGAACUUGUUUAGCAACUUUAAAGACCUGAGUACACCCAGCACAGUGCACAACUGUUUGCUGUGCAGUGCACUAUUAAGGCCUUUGUGCACGGUGCUCACAGUCCAAAACACUUCACUAUUGUGAGACUUUGCUCAGGAGUUCCAGUCAUCCUGAUAGAGAAACCAAAUUCGAAUCUGCUGAUAAAAUUAACAAGGACAAACUGGCUGCCUGAAUGCCCUGAGUGUCUCUAUUGACUUCACUGGCAGAAUAUGAAGUCGCAGAACAAGAUAAACUGAGCUUGGGGACUAUGAUCCAAGCCAGCACUCCGUGGGAUACAUCUCAGAGUUCCGGUUCAUCCCCAACCAGACAGAGGAGCUAGAGCAGCAAAUCACCCAGCUACACCAGAAACUCAAAGGUAUGGAGCCUGCCAAGGCCGAGGUGAGCUUCCUGGAGCGAGCCCGCUGGCUGGACAUGUACGGUGUGGACCUCCAUCCUGUCCUGGGGCACAACGGUGUAGAGUUCUACCUUGGCCUGACACCCUCGGGCGUGGUGGUGUACAAGAACAAAGCCAAAGUUGCACGCUACUUCUGGCCCCGCAUCGCAAAGGUCCACUUCAAAGACACAGAGUUCAGUCUGGUUGUGCUGGACAAAGAUGGGGUGGAAGAUGAGUGCAUCUUUCGCCUGGCCAGCAGGUCAGCCUGUAAGCAUCUCUGGAAGUGCUGUGUGGAGCAGCAUGCCUUCUUCCGCCUCCCCAAGGCAGGGGAGGAGUCCCCUCACCAGCGCAAGUUAUCCUUCACAAAGUCAAGUUUCCGACACAUUGGCAGGACUCAACGGGAGGCAUUAGAAGCAGCCUCGACGCUGAACCGACCGGAGCAGCAGGUCAUCCGAGCGCCGAGCCGCAAGUACCACCGACGGCCGUCCCAGACAGAUAUCUCACUGAAGAAUGGUAUGGCGUCAGAUGACAUGUGCUUGGACAGCAGUCCAUCGAGCCCCAAUGGAGUGAUACUGAGACUGUCCCCACAGCCCGCCUGUCGAUUACCCUCACACCAUGGACUCAGUGGCAGGGAGAGCCCGACAUCUGGUGUGAGCACCCGAUCUGUUCCCUGGGAAGAUUGCCAGCAGGCGAGAGUUGGUCUGUUCACACCAGCCGGAGGCUCACCUGUCUCCGUUCGCAGCUCUGCUUCCCGCCAGCAUCGACACCGGGGGCGUUCUAAGUCUCCUGGCCCCCAUCAUCGUCAUGGAGACAGAUCCGACUGCGAAUCGGAGGCAGCCUACGGCUCCAGAAGGAGAAGCAGAAGAUCAGCAGGAUUGGAUGCAGGCAGUGAUCAUGAGUCUCGUCAUCAUCACCAGCACAGAAAGAGGAGAUCUCGGUCUCGAGGAGUGAGUAGUGGGAGUGAGUCAGAGUAUAGCAGACAGGAUGAAGGCAGAAGACAUCAGAGAAGAUCCCGGGAGAGGAUGGUAAGCUCUGAGGACCAGUGGCAUGCUGUGGAGGAAAACAAACUGGUCCGGGGGGAGCUGAGAGAGGGCCAAGAGGUUGUCGUCAAGCGACUCAAAGAUGGCGCCUUAGCGAACAACCUUAAGCACAUGGAGUUUCAAAAACAUAUCAAGAAGGAUCUGGUGGACCAAGCGCAGUACACAGAGGAGGAGCGUAGUGGUAUUCCCUACACCGAUGUUGUUCUCGACAGUGGACCAGUGAACAGCAGUAAUCCUAUCCGAGACUCCCAUUCACGAACAAGAAGCAAGAGAAAUGAGGAUUUCAGUGACAGCAACAUUAGUGAGCACUCAACAAGGCAUCAAUCUAGAAAUACAUCUUCAAAAAGCCAUCAGCACAUCAGAAAAAUGAAAAAAUCUCAAGCGCCCACACAACCAGAUGGUACCCCGCCCCCACCCUAUUCUCACAGCCACAUUGGAGAUCCUGUGCACACCUCAAGGGACCCUCCACUAGAUAGUAGGGGUGAGAGUGGCAGUAGAGGGGUCACUGUUCAGAAUGGGGAUGCAGUAGAUGGCAAGUACUCAGGCCACCUUACACCAGGGGGAGGGUUAUUUGGUCGUCAUCAGCCAGGAAGCCAUCAGGACCUUCCACUGACAAAUGGGCACCAAGGCCACGACAGACACCCUCACAGACUCCCGCAGGCUAACGGUCUCCACUCCCAGCAAGUUUCCUCAUCACCCACCCUGGGUAUGGAGGGGCUCUGUGUAGCCCAUAGCAGGGAGGACUCAGGACUGGGAAAUGAACAGGAAGAAGGAUUAACUGACAGACAAACCUUGCCAAGGCGGGAUGGCCAGCCUCAGGGUGCAGUCAGGUCUCUGCGACGGGAAAUGGACAGCCAGCGCUCCCGUAGUGACCCCAUACCCUCUGCAGAGGUCUGUGACCUGCGGACGACCUUACAGCUUACUGUGAAUGGCAGACCUGGGCCCAGACCUGACAAACAACAGGCCAGUCGAUUGGGGAUGCAAGGUUACCGUGUGGUCCAGUUGCAUUCUGGCGGCCAUGCGAUCAAUGAUGUCACGACCAAGCAAGAAGACAGUCGUCGUGGUCCAACUACCAACGGCGGCCCCGAUUACCCGACCAAACUGCGGCCGGCCCCGGCCAUAGCCUAUGGACAGAGCACAAUUCCUGGUCUGGGCCCUGCCCCCAAACUGGCCCCCAUCACAAUCAACAACAACAACAUCGAGGUUACCAGUGAAAAGGAAGUCAGUCACUUGUGGUCUGAGCCCAUCAGGCCCAGCCAUGCAGUAGUCACGUCAUCACUGGUAGACGACCAAGACAUGCGGGUGAACAGGGAUAAGGCAGGGAACCGGGAAGACUCAAUAAGUGAGCAGUUGCCAGAUUUUCCUCCAGGGUAUAAACCCAACUACAACCGAGGGGAGAAGCGAUACAGUAUCACUACGCAGGAGAUCAUACGUGUCAGCACAUUGCAAGGCGACCACCGGGACCUGCAAACGGAACUGUAAGUGUGAGCAUCCACCAAUCCUGCCCUGCAGAUGAUUUAAAGAGGACUGUCUUGUUGGGCUUGAUCUGCUCAGUUAGGGAGACGUUCGGCAUUGCUGUCUUUCGAUGUAGCUUUCAAGACCAAAGUGCGGGAAUAUAAGUUGUCGUAAAUAUUCUAUUUGCAGUUUCAUACAGAGAGAUCUAGAGGUACACCUUCCUUUAUUUCAGUUUUAUGCAAGAACCAAUUGGUGCAAAGUGCAAGUUUAUAUUUUUAUUCUGGCAGCAAACCAAAGAUUGUUUCCAAAUUUUCAAUUUCCAGAGCUGAUGCUUGUAGUUUUUGAUUCAAUUCUGGAUUUUUUUACCAGCAAUGCAGACAAACUGCAGUGCAUCAAGAUGUUACAGGUAUUUUAUUCAUGCAACCAAAUGAGUUCUUUUUUAAUGUUAACAAUGGGACAUGUACUUAAGAUGUUCAGUACUCAUAUAUUUUGCCUAAUUCUUUCAGUCUUCCAAAAGUACGAAGAUUGGGUCUUAAUUGUAGAGGACAGGAAAGAUAGAACGGAAAAUGAAAUACUCCAAUUUAGAGAGAGAUUUUUCUGUCUACCAUUUUGCUAUUUUGGGCUGAAAAUUGAAACCUUAAUGAGAAGUUUGGAGAUCAGCAGCAGCAACAAUAAAGUUUCACACAUUAUCCAAUUGUUCAAAUGCUGUAAAAAUUCCAUCAGUUCUGCACUAAAAGUUCCUUACGGCAGCCACAUGACUUUUGGCAAACAUUCUUUGGGCCUCAUUUUGAGCUUGAAAGAAAUUGUAAAUUGAAAAAGCACAUGUGUGUAUUGUAUUCCACAACCAGUUUUUUGGGAGGAUGUAAAUUUACAUUCCACCAAAUGAUCAAGCCCGAUGUUAUAUUAAAGCCACUUUCUAAAUAAGGACCUUGUAGUGCCAUUUUCAAGUAGUACUGACAAAAAGACGAGUACUUCUCAAUUUUCCAAAUGCUAAAGUAAAAGCCAUUGCAUAACAUAUGCACGUAUCAACUGAACACAUAACAAUCAGGGCUAAAUUAUUCUGUUCUUAAACUGACACUGUUUUGUUACAUUUGUAUUUGAAACACUAAUUGUGAAAUAUUUUUGUCUAUUUUUUCACAAACAGAAACUGUGCUAGAACUAUAUUUAAAUUAAGCUAGUGUGCAUGUAACUUUCAAUGACUAUGGAUUUGUAAAAAUGCGCUUUUAACCAUUUGUUUUUAACAGAUUAAAUCAUCUAUUUUUUGAACUGUUUUUGCAAAUUUUUCAUGGUACAUGUAUUUGAUAAAGCCCUGUCAACUUGAAAUUAUUUUGAAAUGUUUAGAAUAUAUGUAGGCAAUGUGGCUUGACAAGAAAAAGUGGGGUGCAUGCAAACAAAAUGUGAAAAUAAUUUGUCUAUUUGUUUUGCAUUUUAAUCAAAACCUGGCUGAUAUCAAGUUACCUUCCACUGGAUUUUUAUACAGCUGCCAUGGCGUUUAACCAUGAUUUUUUUCUCUCUCUGUACUGUAUGUCCAUGUUUGUGGAUUUGUUUCACAGUAUGGAUAUUUUAGUGGUGGUUACUACAUGUAUGGAGUGGGCAGGGCCAAGGAGGGGAGCAGUGCAGGUGAACAGUGCUUUCAUAAUGUUCUGCAUAUUGCAAAUGUGAGUGAGGGAGUAAUUAAUACAAGAUUUGUACGGUCCUAUUUAAUGCAUGACGGGAGUUGUUACGGUAUGUCUCACAGGGGCUAGAGUUGUUUGAUCGGAACUAGUCUUGAUUCAAGAAGGAAGUGACGGACUACAGCCGAGGGCAGGGGUAAUCAACAGCUGUACGUGCACUAUGCCAGUGCAUGGUUAGUUACUGUUAAGAGUGGAGUGUUUGAGUGAAGCCCUGGGGCCUGUUUCUUUGAGCAACUAAAGACAACAAUGUGAACAGGAUACAAUCUGUUUUCAAGGAAACAGGUACAUGUACACUGUACAUGUAACUGGCACAAAUUAUGCGUGAAAUACAUCGUGAUGAUUUCCUGUUGCUUAUUCUGUUAUUUUUGCUAAACAAAUAGACAGGCAUUUACUUUCAGUUAAGCAGAAAUUGAGUUAUGGCGUAACCUCUGAAUAGCCAUCAGUAGGCCAUAACUUUCACAUACUGUAAACCAACAUGUACUGGUAUCAGUUACUGGACAAACAUCUUUUUGUAUUGAGAAAUCUACUGCCAACCUAUGUACUGCACAUUUAUUUCCAAACGUGCUGCAACAGCUUUCCACUUAUCAUAGUUCAUAUGACAACUGUUAACCAAUUUGCAUGUGGCAAGCAUUCUUUACAGUUGUGCCUCGGUAUGAAUUAACGUGUUUCAUUCAAAAUGGAAGCUAACAUUCCUUAUAACUUCGAUUUUGAACAAGCAUGCGUUAAGAUUUUAACCAUAUAAAUAUUUGCGUGAAACUUUUGAUGUUGUGUCAGGAUAGAGUGCUUUUUAAUUGUAUAAAUUGUUUUUUUUUUACACUAAUUUAAUCUGGAUAUUUCUGUCAUAUAUGGUACAUGUAAGUGAAGGAUUGAAAUAAAUUUCAAUGAUGGAGGCAAAGCAUUUAACAGA